GUUCGGUUUCUGUGGAGAAAAUUCUACUUUAGCGAUGGCUGCAAACUACCAGACGUUUGACAACUGUGUACAGAUGUCUACGGUGUCUGUUGAGGCGGACAGGGAUGGUGGGGAGCCCGGGAGGCCGACUGUCGCCAUCCUAGGCAGCGGAGACUACAGCAGGUCGCUGGCCGGUCGCCUGGUGCGGUCGGGCUUCCCCGUGGCUGUGGGAAGCCGCAAACCUGACCGCAACGCCCGAUUUUUCACUCAGGGUGUAGAUGUGACGACCCGGCAGGCAGCCCUGGCCGGAGACCGGCUGGUGUUCGUGGCCGUCCACCGGGAGAACUACCCCGCCCUGCAGGCGGACAGGGAGGCGCUGGCCGGCAAGAUACUCAUCGACGUCAGCAACAACACACAGCUCCAUGAAGCCGAGUCUAACGCCGAAUACCUGGCCAGUUUGUUCCCCGACUCGACUGUGGUGAAAGGGUUCAACGUGUUGUCCGCCUGGUCGCUCAGUUCUGGGCUGGUAGGAGGCUCGAAAGAGGUCUUCAUCAGUAGCGAUGACGACAACGCUCGCAAGACCGUCAUGCACCUGGCGCAGGAUCUUGGGUUCGCCCCGGUGGAUUAUGGGAGUCUGAGGGCUGCGCGUGAGAUCGAGGCUAUACCUCUCCGCCUCCUGCCCUCCUGGCACCUGGCGCUGAAGAUGUUCUCGUGCGUCUUCGUCAUCUUCUUCCUGUACUGUCUGUACAGAAUAGUCAUCUUCAGGGCCUUACAAGGAACGAACCAAGCCUCUCACAUUCCCGUAAGCGUCAUGAACAUGACUUUUGCUGGGACAGCAAUCACCAUGCUGUGUCUAGUAUACAUUCCUGGCAUCUUCGCUGUUUUCGCGCAGCUAUACAAUGGCACGAAGUACAAGCGUUUCCCCGGUGGGCUCGACAAAUGGAUGUUGGCCCGUAAACAACUUGGGCUCCUGUCUCUGCUGGCCUCGGUUGUUCACGCUGUUCUUUCCCUCAUGAUUUGGAGCCCUUCAUACUACGCUCGACUGUUUGAGAACACUGUGACGCCUAGCGGAGAAGUGGAAUACGGCAAGCUCCGAUGGAGCGGGGAAACGUUCUUACUCUUCGGCACCCUCUCACUCUUUCUCAUGACCGUCCUUGGUGUGUCGUCUAUUCCCUCUAUCACAAACGCCAUGAACUGGCGCGAGUUCAACUUUGUGCAGUCCAAACUAGGAUGGCUGGUCCUCCUCUUCGCCAUCGUCCACAACGCGGUGUACGGCGCAGAAGUCUUCACCCUGCCGGCCCUCUUCUCGUCCUACACCAUAGCUCUUUUCCAGCUGACGCUGAUCCUGCCCGCCAUCUUGAUUCUGAUGAAGGUCGUGACCUUGCUACCCUGUGUAAGCUCGCGUGUGGACAGGAUCCGGCGCGGGUGGGAGAGGGAAAAGCCCGCCAACCGCGUCGUUACGCCCGAAGAACCACAAGAAGAGACUAGCCUGAUAUCUGCAUAGAACUAC